AUGGCUUCUUCUCAUAUGGAAGCAAAGCAUAAUCUUUACAGAGAAGUGUUGGGACGAAAUUGGGAUAAAGUGGUGGAGAUAAUGAGGCAGCAUCCAGAUGUUCAUGCCACUAAGAUCACCAAAUCAGAAGACAAUGUACUGCACUUGGCUAUCACUCUUCAUGCACCAGAGGCCAUUGUUAUGGAGCUCAUUGAUGAUGUUCGGAAGAACAACCCAGAAGUUGCCAUGGAGAUUGUCACAGCUCGGAAUAAGCAACAGGACUCUCCUUUGCACUGUGCUGCCUCCCGAGGCUCAACCUCUAUAUGUGAACGAAUACUACUCUUUGAUGAAAAGCUUGUUCUUAAAAGAAACAAGGAAGGAGAGACGCCUCUCUUCCUAGCUGCUCUUAACGGUCACAAAGAAACUUUCCAGUAUCUUCAUUCUGCUUGUAGUGAGACCCCCACAGCCAAGUUUUCAGAACUCUGGAGAAGGGAAAAUGGUGACACUAUUCUUCACUGUGCCAUUCAAAGAGAAUACUUUGGACUGGCAUAUCAUAUAAUUUGCCUCUAUGGUGAUGAUGAUGAAAAGAUCAUCGUUAGCUAUGAGAACAAGGAAGGAGUUACGCCUCUUCAAGUCCUCGCUUCUGUUCCAUCAGCUUUCAGAAGUGGUACACGCCUAACAUGGUUCCAAGGAGUCUUGUACAGGCUGUAUUGUUUGUCAACUGAAGACUUAGAUGUAGAGCAGCUGAAAAUUGAUGAUCAAACUCAGAAUGAAGAUUUGGAGGUAGGAAAAUCUGACUCUUUAAGGAAGAUCCAUGAUGCCGCACCAGAACUGUGCCUGAAGAUGACGAAGCUAGGGUCAAUAAAGAAGAUAAAAGAGAAACAUCUAUGGGGUAGGUUAAUCAUGGACAAACUUUUCGAGCUAAAUUCUGAGUACAAGUACAACGAAAAUCAGAUUGCAUUCUGUCCAAGCAAUGUUACAGAUCCUACUGAUGGGCAAGGAAAGUCGUCGUCAUCCUCGAAAAGAAACAAUAAAUCGACAGCAUUGUUGGUGGCAACAAAGUACGGUCUGCUGGAGCUGGUGACCAAAAUCCUUGACAGACUUCCAGUGGCGAUAUAUGACAGAACAGAACCAACGAGGAGAAACGUAGUACUUACUGCAGUACAAAAAAGGCAAACGCAUGUGUUGAGGGAAUUAAUGAAACAUCCACUUUGGGAUAGCCUCGUAGAAGAUGUGGAUGCCGAUGGAAAUAACGUGUUGCACAUGGCAGCAUUUCUACCGAAACACAUGCCUUGGGAAGUAUAUGGCUCUGCACUCCAAAUGCAAUAUGAAGCCAAGUGGUUCCAGUAUAUGAAAGAACGCGUGCCAUCAUAUCUAUACGCCAUGGAAAACAACAACGGUGACACUCCGGAGGAAAUCUUCGUGGCAGAGCAUAAGAAAUUAUUGAAGGAAAGUAACGAGUGGAUGAAGGACACUUCAAGUUCUUACUCCAUUGUUGCAGCACUUACUGCUGGAGUCACCUAUGCAACGUCGUACACUGUCCCAGGAGGCACAAAUGAUACUACAGGAAGACCGCCGUUAGAAGGCCAAAGGGCACUAAAUGUUUUUCUGAUCGCCAUUUUCGUUUCGUUUUGCUUCUCUACCACUUCCUUGGCAGCCUUCUUGGCGGUUUACAGUUCGCGGAAGCAGCCAGAUGAUUUUCGUAGGAACUUGCCGCUGAAACUAUGUUUUGCGUUAACGUCAUUUUAUGUCGCUAUCGUCUCAAUGAUAGCGUCUUUUGUUGCGGCCCAAUCACUUGAAGUUGACCCCAAAAUGAAAGCUAAGCUUAUCCCAAUGUACAGUUUGAUUUUCCUACCAUUGUUGUUUUACACAUUAGCUCAGAUUCCACUCUACUGGGAUCUGGUCAGAGCCUCUUUCAAGAAGGUGCCGCAGCCAAGAUACAUGGGAGAGAGCUUAACGAUCACGAUUCCCAAAAAAAGAAGCAGAAUGUAG